CACUUUUACAACCACUCUUUGAAACUGAUGGGUGCUGGACGACGUUCCUUGGUUCAGAGGGAGUAUGUACAUAUUUGAAUGUACCAAGUAAAGCUGAGAUACUAAAUGUGUGCAAUAGUGUCUACAGUUAUGCAGCUCAUCAAUUCCACAUAACACAGGAGGAAAAAAAAGAAGAUAGAAAAUAUGUCUGCAAAUCUUCCUUCACUUAACCAGACAUUGUCGUCUGCCGCAAAUGGCACUGCUCGUUUGAUAUACUGGAAUGGAAGUGGUACUUUCUACCGAGAAGAUGACGAUUUGUCCCUUGGUUUAGAAAUACUGGCAAUAAUCUCUGUCACAUAUGCUCUUAUCAUUUCAGUUGGUCUCCUUGGGAACACAAUACUUAUCAAAGUAUUUUUCAAGAUUAAGUCGAUGCAGACAGUUCCCAAUAUUUUUAUCACCAGCCUAGCUUUCGGAGACUUGCUUCUUCUCCUGACAUGUGUUCCGGUAGAUGCAUCCCGCUAUAUGGUGGACACGUGGCUUUUUGGGAGAAUGGGUUGCAAGGUUAUAUCUUUCAUACAGCUCACUUCUGUUGGAGUGUCAGUAUUUACCUUGACUGUCCUUAGUGCCGACAGAUACAGAGCCAUAGUGAAGCCCUUGGAACUGCAGACCUCAGAUGCAGUUCUGAAGACGUGCGGAAAAGCAAUCUGUGUGUGGAUAAUUUCCAUGUUGCUCGCAGCUCCAGAAGCAGUGUUUUCCGAUUUGUAUGAAUUCAGCAGCCCUGAUAAGAAUACGUCUUUCAAAGCCUGCGCCCCUUAUCCAGUUUCUGAAAAAAUACUACAGGAGGCUCAUUCUCUCAUGUGUUUUCUAGUGUUUUACAUCAUACCCUUGUCAAUUAUUUCAGCAUAUUAUUUUCUUAUUGCGAAAACACUGUACAAAAGCACAUUCAACAUGCCAGCUGAAGAACCCACUCACGCCCGGAAGCAGAUUGAGUCCCGCAAAAGAGUAGCCAAAACAGUCCUGGUGCUGGUUGCUCUAUUUGCCUUCUGCUGGCUUCCUAAUCAUAUCCUGUACCUCUAUCGUUCCUUCACUUACCACUCGGCUGUGAACUCCUCUGUGCUCCAUCUUUCUGCCACCAUUUUUGCCCGCAUAUUGGCUUUUGCCAAUUCCUGCGUCAACCCAUUUGCUCUGUGCUGGCUCAGCAGAAGUUUUAGGCAGCACUUUAAAAAACAGGUAUACUGCUGCAAGACACAUCCUCCACCUUCCCAACCAAGCCCAACUCACAGCUGCACUGCAACUGCAAUUACUGCUAUAAAGGGAAACACCCAGAUGUCUGAAAUUAGCAUUGGCCUUAUAGGAGCCUAUGAUAUGAAGAGAGAAAGUGACAGUGUUUAAACACAUUUUAUAAAGUUAUACUGUAAUGGUGUUAAAGAAGAACCACGUGGACCUUGUUUUGCCUCCUGACCAUCUUCUCACCAAGUUGCAGACCCACAGACAACUCAGCUACCAUGAUUUCCCCACUCUGGAGCAGUUAAAAAAAAAACAUGGUUGGUGGUAGAAGAUGAUAUGGCGAGCUGUGGACCAACGAGGAAGAACUUGGAAAUCUAAAGUGUGAGGAGGACAUCACCUGUAUCCAGUUACUUGGAGGCCAGUUAGGGUGAGAAACAUAAACAUUGUCCCAUGGAUGGAGUUAUUUCAAUAUAACCACAUACAUUAUUUAUGUGAUCUCUUAUCCGUAAACCCCUUGUCCGGAACAUUGUAAAAACCAAAAAAGGGAAAACAGAAAACCAUUUCUGCUCUGGGAAUAUACAUACACACAGAUCCUUAAGUAGAGUUUACUAUAUGUCAAUUUUUGUGGUGUGAAUAUAUGCAUUUCCGUACUGUGCUCAUCAUCAUUAUUUCACAUUAGCAUCAAAAUGUGUCCCUAUCUAAACUUGUGUAUGUUUUAUCUUGCAUCCCAGUAUAUCUGGGGAAGUGCAAUGUGGUGGGCAAUGGUAAGUUGAAUAUACAUUGGGUGUGUUCAUUUAAGUGUAGCUCAUCCCAGGGAGAUGCAGAAUAAUUAGAAGUUGACACAUCCCUAGAUACUUCUAUCAGAAGGUACUAGAGUUCUUGUCCAGUAACAUCUGAUAAUAAAUCAUGAUGAACAUCAGCAUGACAGGCGUAACUGUGGGAGGCAACGGAGUCACCUGCCACCGGGCUCCUGCUCUGUAGGGGGGCACCUCUCCUCCCGUUCUGUGUGUUCAGCAACACCAUUCAAUUAAGUUAUUUGAUAGCCGCUGCUAUCUCUUUCUCCCUGCACCUUACAAGUCACACCCUCUGUAUUAUACAGUACAUACACAUUUUACAAGUGUCAUACCCAGGAUUAGAACCCACUACCUAUUACACUGGAAGCAGACACCUUACUGAUGAAGCUAUUUGCUCCUGUAUAGGAAGUAUGAGAAUUCUAACUAUAUGAAGUGACUUCUCUGACAAUUACAAGUAACUUCAUAUAGUUAGAAUUCGCAUGCUUCCUGUACAGGAGCAAAUAGCUCUACCAGUGAAGUGUCUGCCUUCAGUGUAACAUGUCAUGGGUUCUAAUCCUAUGUAUGACUGCUAAAAUAUGUAUAUUUGUUGUAGGAAAUAAAAUUCCCAUUCACGUUUCAAAAGUGUACACAAUGGAUGUAAAGAUGUUUAAAGACAUUUACAGGGAAAUGUGCCUUCCAUAUUUAUUAAUAACAGUCAAGGCUCUCUUGUGUAUAUGAUUUGAUUACAUUAUGCUGGACCUAUAUAAAUAACUAUUAACAAAUAAAUGAUUGUGUAUAAAUACGGUAAUGCGUUCUUUGCAAUUACCACUUAAACAAUUAUGCCACAUCUCUUUGCUGUUGUUUGGCAUAAGCAUACACUCACUUGUACACAUGCAGUAAAUAUUUCCUUUUUGAGUCGGACUCACCUUAAGAUCUGUGCACCUCAACAUACACAUGUAAGUAAGCUUGUUUAAUCUAUAAAUUAUUACUCCUGUGCUCGGAAUGCUAACGUGCCCAACUCUAAGUGAUGCCCAGUGGCGCCACUGGCGUCGUUGUCACCCAGUGUGCCAAACAGACUAAAGCGGAAGUGACCUAAUGGGCAGGAGGGCAUUGCUGGACUGCAGAGAUGCUGAGCUGCCCCCACAGACUCUACCCGCACUGCCGGCUGCUUCUCAGUGACCAGGAGCCACAUGAUAAUGUCACAGUGCAGUGACUGGUUGCCAGUUACUGAGAAGGAGCCAGCAUUUUUUGGUGUCACCCCCUCAGAUGGUGACUCCCAGAGCAGUCUGCACCGCCAGCACCCCUCUAGUGACACCACUCAUGAAGCCCAUACAUAUGAUCACUAAGUGCAGCUUCCUACAGUGACUGUGAGGGGCAUUGCUCAACACUUUUAUAUUUUAGCUCUGGUUCUCUAAUACCCCAAGUAUUCUAGAUAAUAGAUCUCAUGUUCGGUAAUAUUGCAACAGUCACACACUAUGCAUUAUUCUGUGCCAGAAACGUUUUGUCCUUUCAUUGCCAGAAACAUUAUAAAUAAUUCAGUAGUUUUCAAAAUGCCUAAAGGGAAAUUAUUAUCAAAACUGAUUUUUGUGGAUACAAUUUAGACAAAAAGUUUUGUAACCUAUGUAUAUAACUAUCAUUUGUAUACAUAUCUAUAGCUGUCAUCUCUAGGUAAUAGAUUAUGUUGUUUAACUGGGUGUAAUGAAAGUCUAGAACUGUGGUAAAAUUAUAAGUUGAUUUGCAGCAAUUAAUACUUAGGGUUCAUAAAAAAAUAAACCAAAAUCAUAAAAACA